UUAUGCCUAUGACAGCAUUGAAAAAGAUUUAAAAAAAGAUUUAUUUCGUCAUCUUGUAAGGGCUAAAUAUACCAAUUCGGCGGAAAUUUCCCGCAAUUUAAUUACCCAGUUUGCUGAUGAUUUAGACGAAAUUGCUUAUAGCAUUUGGUUUAUUCCCAAUCGCUUAAUUUAUGUGGCUUUCUCAAUAUUUUUCUUGUUGAGAUUUGAUUUCAAUUUUGGAGGACCCGGCACUACUUUACCGCUUUUAGCCAUCGUGGCCGGUUUAUUUGCUAUUCUUAUUAUCGUGGAGAUUUUACUUUUCAAAAAAGCCAGCAAGUUAUAUAUGGCGGCGAAAAAACGACAAGAAGAAGAUAAUAAAAUUAUCUACGAACGCAUUAAUAAUUUAGAAUAUAUUAAAGCGGUUUCGGGAGAAAAAUAUGAAGAAGAAAAAGUUGACCGACAACUGGACUCCACUUUUCGUCAGAAUAAAAAAUCGCUUUGGUAUAGCACCUUGUUUAAAGCAGCUCCUCAAUACAUUAUUAUUCCGAAUAUCCCCACCUUUUUCAUGGCCUUGACUCUGCUUUUUUACUCGUCAAGCCCCAAAAUGGGAACCGUCUUUUUAAUGGGUAAUUUUGCCCGCUACUUUUUUUCGGUCCGCAGUUUAAAUAAUGAAGUAAACAAAAUAAUUGAGGCAAUGUUAACUUUGGAUGAACUUUCCAGUAGCCUAACCAUUGUUAAUGAGAGUGCUAAAAUGUUGAAUCAGCCAGUUUCUCUUACUGAAUCAAAACCCUCUCUGCCAAACUUGCCUUUCAAAAAUGGCGAUCUAGUGUUCCAAAAUGUCGUUUUUGCUUAUCCUAAACGGUCCCAGCAAGACAUUUUGCGGAAUUUUACUUUCACUUUUCAACAAGGGAAAAUCUACGGCAUUGCCGGCAAAAAUGGUAUUGGCAAAAGCACCAUUAUUAAAACCACGCUCAAACUUUAUGAUUUAAAAAAAGGGCAAAUAUUAAUUGGCGAACAUAAUGUGCGAAAAAUCGACACUAUUAGCCUUCACCAGCACAUUUGUUAUCAAACUAAUCGCCCUACUUUUUUCCGCAUGAGUAUUGCCGAGAAUGUUUAUUAUCCGCAAAA